GCCUCGCAUCCCCCCAACCCUCGCCGGCUCUUAUGGGCAUGAAACACUCCUCCCGCUGCCUGCUCCUCCGGAGGAAGAUGGCGGAGAGCGCGGCCGAGAGCGCGGAGGCGAGCACUGCCCCCCCUCAGCCCCCUCAGCCUGUCGUCCCACCCAAGCCCGUGCAGUGCGUCCACCAUGUGUCCACGCAGCCCAGCUGCCCAGGCCGGGGCAAGUUGUCCAAGCUGCUCAGCCCCGAGGAGAUGACGUCACAAGACUACUACUUUGACUCCUACGCUCACUUUGGGAUCCACGAGGAAAUGCUGAAGGACGAGGUGCGGACGCUCACUUACCGGAACUCCAUGUACCACAACAAACACGUGUUCAAGGACAAGGUGGUGCUAGAUGUUGGGAGUGGCACGGGGAUCCUCUCCAUGUUUGCUGCCAAGGCGGGGGCCAAGAAAGUGUUUGGGAUCGAAUGUUCCAGUAUUUCUGACUACUCAGAGAAGAUCAUUAAGGCCAACCACCUGGACAACAUCAUCACCAUAUUUAAGGGGAAAGUGGAAGAGGUGGAGCUGCCUGUGGAGAAGGUAGACAUCAUCAUCAGCGAGUGGAUGGGCUACUGUCUCUUCUACGAGUCGAUGCUCAACACGGUGAUCUUUGCUAGGGACAAGUGGUUGAAACCUGGAGGGCUUAUGUUUCCAGACCGGGCAGCUCUGUACGUGGUUGCCAUUGAGGACCGACAGUACAAGGACUUCAAAAUCCACUGGUGGGAGAAUGUCUAUGGCUUUGACAUGACCUGUAUCCGGGAUGUCGCCAUGAAGGAGCCCCUGGUGGACAUCGUGGACCCAAAGCAAGUGGUGACCAAUGCCUGUUUAAUAAAGGAAGUGGACAUUUAUACGGUGAAGACGGAAGAGCUGUCCUUCACAUCUGCGUUCUGCUUGCAGAUACAGCGCAAUGACUAUGUCCACGCCCUCGUCACCUAUUUUAAUAUUGAAUUUACCAAGUGCCACAAGAAAAUGGGGUUUUCCACAGCCCCUGAUGCCCCCUACACCCACUGGAAGCAGACCGUCUUCUAUUUGGAAGACUACCUCACUGUCCGGAGGGGGGAGGAGAUCUAUGGGACCAUAUCCAUGAAGCCAAAUGCCAAAAAUGUGCGAGACCUCGAUUUCACAGUAGACUUGGAUUUUAAGGGACAACUGUGUGAAACAUCUCUAUCUAAUGACUACAAAAUGCGUUAGCGCGCGCGCGUGCGGGGAGUUUCAGAGAGCGAGAGAGAAAGGGGACUCUCACCCCACUCUGCCACGCCGCCCGAGGGAAUGCUGUUAACGGGACUCCACACUGGGAAAACCAGAGCUUUCUCCUCUGCCUUGAAGACUGGUGAACUUGCCAGGGCCCCCAUGGACCCCACCAUGACAGACAGCCUCUAGCUCUUCCACUCCGCCCCAGAAGCCCUUCAUUGAAGGGUUUAUUGCCACCAAAAAAAAGAGCCAUCUCGCGCUGCAGCUGGGGCUCCGAGGAUGGAACCGUACCCCUGUACCCCCCUUGUCCUCCUCAACUGUGACUCUCUGGACCUUCCAAGUUUUGCAUGCUGCAGGCAUCUAGGACAGUUUGCUUCCACUAGAACCUGGAGACGUAGUGUCUUUGAUAGUAUAAGCCAGAUUUCCUGUGUGUGUGGUGGUGUGUGGCGUGCUUGUGUGGGUGUGGGUGUGCAGCAAUAUAUUAGUGUAUUUACCCACGAACACCUGUAUAUGCAUGCAUAUACAAUUACGUGGGUCCACUCGGGUGUUCAUUCUGAGGGGUGUGUGUGUGUGUGUGUGUGUGUGUGUGUGUGUGUGUGUGUGUAUGUGUGUAUGGGCGUGUGUGUAUAGACUAUAUACCUACUCUCAGAAGAGUUUCUGUUGCUUUUGAAUAGGAGUUUGUUUUGUGAUUAGUUCUCCCCUUCCUGAUUCCUUCACAGAUGUGACUCAGCUAGGAAACACUGUCUGUACUAGCUCCGGUCUCCUUCUGACUAGACUGCGGCUCUGAAUCCUGAGCGUGGUGCCUGGGCUCUGCGGCACUCACUCAAUAAACACAUGUGAGAAGAAAGCGA